AUGGCUCUGAUGAAAUCGGGCUGGCUCUGGAGACAAAGCUCCGUCUUCAAACGCUGGAAGCUGAACUGGUGUGACCUCUGGAUUGAUGGAAACCUCGUCUGCUACAAAAACGAAAACCGUCGGGAGUAUGAAACCAGGGUGAGCCUCAAGAGCAAAUGUGUUGCUGUUAAGUCUGGGUUGGCGUGCACAGGUGCAAAUCCUCCAGAGGGCCGUCCUCGGGAAAAUCUUUUGGUGUUGUAUUUGAGAGAUGGAUCCACCGUUGUCAUGUGCGCCAACAGUGAUGAUGAGGCAUUGGCAUGGGAACUGACAAUAUUGGAAGCAAAAAGAAACCCAGUGUACACUUAUGAUCCAUAUGAUGACAGUUAUCAGCAUGUUCCCCUGAACAGCCACAAUACCAUAUACAUCAGCCCGGGCUCCCAUGGCAGUGGAGGAGGUACCCACCAUAUUUUAAUCCAUCGAGACCCGUGUGACGGGAUAGGGCAGCAGGUGGCCCUGGGAAUGCUGGCAGGCAUGGCCACAGGGGCGGCGCUGCGGUCCCUUCUGUGGAUGCCCUUCUGGUUCUGCUGA